AUGUUCGCCCUCUAUUCACUGUAUUGGUCGCUGGAUGUCUACCUUCUGUGGGCCAAAUUCGACUAUCUGCUGUUACCUCAACCGGCGAGUGCACCUGGCAUAAGCAUAACGCAGGCAUCUUGGAAAGGUGCGCCCACGACGGGCGGUCUUCCACCGGGAUCUUUCCCGAUGCUCUUUGUCCAAUGGCUUACUGGGAUGAUAUUGAUCGUGCUCGGGGACUUUGUCUCGCUGUGGAGAGCGUGGGCAAUAUUCGGGAAGCCUAGGUGGCUAUAUAUCGUGCUUGUGAGCACCGCUGCGAUUGAAAGCGCCAUCUUCAUCAUGCUAUUUGUUAGUACUUCACCUGCAUAUCUUCCUACCUCUUCAGCGUUCGCUCGCGUCUCGGCCAAAGCCAGGGUUCCCCUCACAUUCCUUGGAUACUCAGUGACCGGUCUGGCUCAGAUAUCCGCCACGUCUCUGAUAGCCUACAAGGCUUGGGCACAUUGGAGGGAUGUCCGGGAAGUCGCGAAGUCUCGCAACGUAGCCGCGCUGGUCGUCGUGAUCGAAACGGGGAUCGCCUACGUACUCUUACUGGCAUUCUAUGGUUUCGUAGACUUCUUCGAACCCAAGAACAGCGGUUGGAACGUGGCGAGCGUAGAUAGGUUCUACAGCGUACCACUCAUCGCUAUGUAUCCGACGCUGGUCGUCGUUCUCGUAGCUUCUCGGCGCACUGUGCUGGAAGAAGCAAGCACCGGAUCCUUGGGCGAUAUGCAAUUUGCGACGGGCGUAGUCAACAGAACAGAGAGCGUGAGUCACAUUCGCGACGUGGGGCGAACAGCGCAUACGACGAAUCGCGAAAGCUACGACUCAGAGUAUGAUAUAGGCAGGGUAACGGGGGGUGCACGCGAUGCUGUGACAUCCAACGGCGAGGAACUAGCACCGAUGGAAAAGGGGAUGGUGUUCCCCAUUGGUCCAUCGCGCUUCUCAGUGGUCUAG